AUGGAAGCUUUUAUAGACGACCGGGCAAAGAAUCCGCGCAAACGGCAGAUGUCAAAAGAGAAGCGUCUCCUUGCGAAUCGCCAAGAGAGAGAAAGGGUCCGAAAAAUGAACAACGCCUACGAAGAAUUACGAAGCACGAUUCCGAACUACGAAGAAACCCGAGUUAAAACGAAACUGGAGCUGUUGCGUAUAGCUACAAACUACAUCCAAACACUGAAAAAGCACCAUCAAAGCAUCAUUAAUAGCGGCUACAACUCCUCGAUGAAUCAACUGAUGUACCCGCUGAGCCUUGAAAUGGAAUAUCAUGAUAACGGAACCUCUAAACUGGGGCAUCGGAUUUCAGAGUAUUCGUGCCCACCUUUGUCUCCAGUUGCCCCUCUUCCACCGUCCCAACUCAAACUACGUCACAUCGGUGCUCACCAAUCAAGCUCCAGCAGACACCAGUUUUCUAGAUCGAUUAUGAGCCCCGUGGCAGAAAGUCCUGAAAACUCAACCCAUGAUUUCUACAGCCUCUAG